AUUGACAGAAUAUCUGAUGAGAGCUGCUGAUGCAUAUUAUGUACUGUGUUCGCAUGAGGGAAGUGAAACCCAUCUACGGCCACAGAGAAAUAACUUGUAUUGGCCACUAGCAGUUGCCUCAACAGCUCAGCGCUCUCUGUCUGUCAUUUUCAUGAGAACACAAAGGUUGUACAGGAAUUACGGCUCACAACAAAUCUUUGUCAGGAAGAAGAGUUUUUGCUUUGGAGAUGGGGUUUGGAGAGGACUUGCGCUGCCCUCAGGCACAUUCAGCUGUCAUGCGUUUGCUGGACUCAGAGCUUCACCUAAUGGAGGUCAUGAAGAAGUGGAUGGGUCAGCGGGCAAAGAGUGAGAAGGAGUUUUCAGCGCAGAUGCACCACAUGGCUGCCAUGGUGGAGAAGCUGGACCGGCCUCAGCCCAGUGCAGGACUGGACUACAUCAGCCAGCUGAACAAGUCGUGGGAAGUGCUGGUCUCUCAGACAGACAUUCUCAGUCAGGUGAUGAAGAAGCACUCUGAGGAACUGCUGGAUGGCCCUAUCAGCAAACUGACGCUCCUCAUCAGAGACAAACAGCAGCUCCGCAAAACCUACUCAGAGCAGUGGAACCUGCUGAGACAGGAGCUCAACAAGGUGACUCAGACUGAGCUGGAGAGACUGAAGAGCAGCUAUAGACAGGCAGUAAAAGAUGCAGCUCAGGCUAAGAGGAAGUUCCAUGAGGCCAGUAAAGAUAAAGAGCGUGACAAGGCUAAAGAGCGGUACAUAAAGGCUUCCCUGAAACUCCACGAGCUGCAUAAUGAGUAUGUGUUGUCUGUGCGAGCAGCUCAAGUUUACCAUCAGCACCACUACAGUCAGGUCCAGCCUGCCCUGCUCAGCGCGCUGCAGACUCUGCAGCAGGAGAUGGUGCUCAUACUAAAGGAGAUCCUGCAGGAAUACUUUGACAUUUCCACUCUCCUCCAUCAUGAGGUGGUGCGCAUCCACAGGGAGAUGUCUACUGCUUUAAUGUCCAUCGAUCCACAGAAAGAGUAUGAGAGCUUCAUCCACCAGAACAGGUCUGUGAGCGAGAUUCCUGCUUGUGCAGAAUUCGAUUGUAGUCUUCUGGAGGACACUGAGAGACUAAAUCCCCGAGAGAUUGAACUGAACGACCUCACGCUUGAAACAAUCCAACAUAAGCUGACUGGGGUAGAGGAGGAGCUGCUGGGUCUGGCUCGGACUCUGGGCUCCCAGCAGACAUCGGUCGAGCAGCUGGAGCUGGAGCUUGAGGAUGAGAGGGAUGGUAUCAGGAAGGGCCAGAGGGUCUACCAGUUCAGCAAGAGACAUGCACUGGAGGAGUGUCGGCAGCAGGUUGCUCUGUCUCAGGGCAUCAGAGCCAAGCUGGAGGCUCAGAGGUUGCUUCUGAAGGAGAAGUUAGACCAGCUGGGCUCCAAAGAACCUCCCUCUGCGCUGCAGCUGGACACAGACUCGCUUUCGUCCAACACAAGCAGUGACCACAGCCAAGUUUCUUCCAAACUAAGCAUGGACGGGAUCAUGAACAAUCUGAGCAGCCUGUUUAAACCCAAAUGUGAGGUGCUUCCAGCGCCCGUCCCACAGGUGCAGGAGGUUGACCGUCCUCUGGGGCAGCAGGACUGGUACCAUGGAGCCAUUCCCAGGCCAGAGGUCCAGCAGCUGCUGAAGAAUGACGGGGACUUCUUGGUGAGGAAGAGUCAAGAAAAACAGGGCUAUGUGCUCUCUGUGCAAUGGGACGGCUCCUGCAAGCAUUUCCUCAUUCAGAAUACAGAUAAUCUGUACCGUCUGGAUGGAGAGAGCUUCUGCAGUAUCCCUCAUCUGAUCCAUCAUCUCCUCUCUUCACGACAACACAUCACCAAGAAGUCUGAUAUAGUGUUGAGUAAUCCUGUGCUGAAGGACAAGUGGGUCCUGGAACAUGAUGACAUUAUCUUGGGACACCUCAUUGGACGGGGGAACUUUGGAGAGGUGUACAAUGGACGUUUACGCUCUGAUAACACUCCUGUAGCCGUUAAAUCCUGUAAAGAGAAUCUGGCCCCAGAGCACAAGAAUAAGUUUCUAAUGGAAGCCAGGAUCCUGAAGCAGUACGACCACCCGAACAUUGUGAGGCUGAUAGGCGUGUGUACACAGAAACAGCCCAUCUACAUUAUCAUGGAGCUCAUUGAAGGUGGUGAUUUUCUCUCCUUCUUGCGGCAUGAGGGUCACAGUUUAACACCUAAGAUGUUGGUCAAAAUGACAGAAAAUGUAGCAGCUGGCAUGGAGUACCUGGAGAGAAAGAAGUGCAUCCACAGAGACUUGGCAGCGAGAAACUGUCUGGUUGCAGAGCAUAACAUAGUGAAGAUUAGUGACUUUGGGAUGUCCCGUCAGCAAGAUGAUGGUGUCUACUCUGCAGAGGGAGGCCUCAGACAGAUCCCUGUCAAAUGGACAGCUCCUGAAGCCCUGAACUAUGGUCGUUAUACAACUGAGAGUGAUGUGUGGGGCUUUGGGGUCCUACUGUGGGAGACCUUCUCCAUGGGAAUGACACCCUACGCAAGCAUGUCCAACCAACAGACACGAGAUGAGGUGGAGAGAGGAUACCGUAUGCCUGCUCCACAUGGAUGCCCAGUGGAAAUGUCCAGACUUAUGAACAGCUGUUGGCAGUAUGAACCCAGAAACAGACCGUCUUUCAAGAAACUACGGGUAGAUCUCAGUGCCAUCUACUGCAAAAUUACAUAAUAUAAUUAUGUGGAUUGUUCAUGUAAUUUUUUUGUCUGUUUGAUUGGUUGUUUUUUAGUUUGCAUUUUUUAUUUCAGAAAAGAUGGUAAAAUCCAGUCUGAACUCUGACACAAAUCUCAGAGAAAAAUAAUUAAAAAGGCAAAUGUAAUAUAAUUGUUUGACUCCUUUUUGUUGUGUAAA